GGCAAAGUUGAAUGCCAAAAUCUGGUGAGCAACAACAAACUGCAAAGAAGCGACAAGCCUAGAAAAACUGCACCCCGAAAUGGAACAAACCGAAGUGGUGGUGCCCAAGAAUCUGGAUGAGUUAAUUGCAAUUUUGCACAAGAUUUUUGAGAGUGACUGCAUCAAUGUUGAAGAGGUGCAACAAAUAAUGGAAUCAUAUGAGAGCAACCCCCAGGACUGGAAAAAAUUCGCCAAGUUUGAUCAGUUCAGAUACACACGAAACUUGGUGGAUGAAGGGAAUGGCAAGUUUAACCUCAUCAUCUUAUGUUGGGGAGAAGGCCAUGGCAGUAGUAUCCACGACCACACAGACUCACACUGCUUCAUGAAGCUGCUCCAGGGUCAGCUCAAAGAGACGCUCUUCGACUGGCCUGAGAGCAGACAGGGAGAGAUGGUCCAAAAAUCACAGAGAAUCCUGAUGGAAAACAAAGUGGCUUACAUAAAUGACUCCAUCGGCCUGCACCGCGUGGAGAACGGGAGCCACACAGAGCCUGCAGUCAGCCUGCACCUGUACAGCCCGCCCUUCCAAGCCUGCCAGACGUUUGACCAGAGGACCGGCCACAAAAACACCGUCAAGAUGACCUUCUGGAGCAAGUUUGGAGAGAGGACUCCAUUUGAGGUAACAGCGUCACAAGAAAACAACUGAAGAAAAGAAGUAUGCCAGUAUGUUUGUGCAUUUAAUUAAAUGAUUCCACCCUAUUUAAAAGUGAGUGGAGUCCCAUCCAAAAGGAUACUCCAGUAAUUAGAAUGGCUUUAUCGCUGCCCAAUGUGAGCUUGGCAAAUACUGAUGAGCACAGGACGAAUGCAUGAAUGGGCUCGGACAUGGACUCAAUCUGCCUUUUGUCUGCCAGGCCCGAGAAGACCCUUUCCCAAUAACAACAUUCCUGCCCAUCUGUGACCUGUGUUCCCACUAGAGAUCGACUGAUAUGGGUUUUUUCAUGGCCAAUGCCGAUAGCGAUUAUUGAGAAUAUAUAGGAAAUUAUAUAUUCUGUUGAUAUUUUAUGGGCAGAUAUGUAGAACCAAUUUUGAUUAUUUUCCCCAAAUUAUGCCAUUUAAAUUUACAUUUAAAUUUAUAUUUAAAUUUGCCAUUUAAUUUUAACCGCAAAUCUAUAAGAGAGCUGGGUAGCCACAUUUUGUGCAGUUAUCUCUUUGUAAUAAAGUGUUAGUAUAAAGCUUUGUGUGUAUUUUUAGCAAAAUAUUGACCUCUGCUGCAGUUUUAAGGCCAGCGAUACACAAAAAAGUCCAAAUAUCGGCCAAACGAUAAAUUGGCCAAUCGAUAUAUCAGUCCAUCUCUAGUACCUCACAAAAAUGGCCAAUAGUUGACCAGUUUUAGUCAUUCACAAAAAAGUUCUCACUAUGCAAAAAUGUCCUAUUUCCCUGUUGAUUUGUUCCACUUAAUGCGAUACCACUUGUUGCGUUGCCUGUACAGUUGGAUUAAAAUGUCAUGUUCAAUUUGUAUUUUAAACUGUGUAAAGCUUUAGAGAUGUGUUUUUUUAUUGCAACUAAUUUAAUUUAUUUGCAAAGUAUUCUGUUCAUGAAAGAAAGAAACUUAGAAAGAGCCCGAGAACUCCUUACAGAAUCCAUUACAUUAUUUUUAUUAAAUCUAUCUAGAAAAAAGUUCUAUUUUUCUCAUAAUCUGAAGAUAUUUUGUUGCUCAAAGUAAAAUUUUUGUAGUUGUAAAGAAAAAUGCCACUCAUUGCCUUAGCAACUGUGUCCAUGGCUUGUAUUAUUCUUUAAUGCUACUUUUUGGCACAACUGCAAACUAUUAAAAACACUUGCUCUUUCACA